AUGACCAAGUACUGCCGGGCUCCGAACUGCUCCAACACGGCCGGCCUACUGGGAGCCGACAACCGCUCUGUGAGGUUCUACAAGUUCCCAGUGAAGGAUGGCUGGCUGCAGUGCAUGGGUCAUCAGCACCUGUGCAAUGAGCACUUCACACCUUCCUGCUUCCAGUGGCACUGGGGUGUGUGCUACCUGCAGCCAGAUUCCGUGCCCUCCAUCUUCUCUGGGCACCAUCUGCCAAGGGAAGUACCUCCUGGAGCCUUACUCUUAGCCCUCCCUCAUGAAGGAAAUUCUUCCCUAACAUUUGGACUUACCCGAGCGGCAGUGGAGUUCCCAAAGCAACCAGAAGCCAACUGUGCCUCCACAGGAUGCCACAUCCCUGUCUCCUGGCUCAGCCAUCCUGGCUUAUGUACCUGA